UUUUCGACUUCCCGCUUUCCCGUGACACAGUUUGAUUUUGGUAGCGUCUUUGCAUCUCGUGGUUUGUUAAUUUCUCUUGAUUUCAUACUAGCAUAAGAGGCGCCUUGACCCGCUUAUCAGGUACUCUGUCCGUGCCUAGCUGUCUAGCUUGCCUUGUGACUCAACUAAACCGUACAGGAUGUCGGAGUCUUCUGCAGAUCGCCCUGCUUAUGAUUGUCCCGUUAGCGCUGUGGAGGUCCUGCGCGGACUGCAUGAUCUGCAGUCGACGGGAACCCUCUGCGACGUUGUUCUUAAAGGAAGCGAAGGAUACGCGGCGGGCAUUCCCUGUCAUCGCAAUAUCCUGAUUGUGCACAGCGCUUUCUUUCGGGCAGCGUUUACUGGAGCGGACUGGAAAGAGUCAUCGCAGAAAGUCUUCCCGCUGCACCACAUCGACACCCAGACGCUGAAGGAGCUGGUGGAGUAUGCCUACACCCUGGAGAUCAGUCUUAACGGUGACAACGUGGCGCCUGUCUUGAUUGCGGCGCAGUUUCUGCAGAUGACUCCAGUGGCCAGAUUGUGCUGGGAGUACGUGGAGAAGCACAUGUGUCUGUCCAACUGUUUGGCCGUUUACGCUCUGGCAUCUCAACAUCACAAUCCCCGUCUGGCUUACACGGCAUUGGACUUGGUUCAUUCUAACUUCCCACGCUUCGCACAGAGCCAAGAAUUUCUACAGAUGAACGAGCAACAGCUGAUUGCUCUCAUCGCAUCGGAUGAAGUGGAGGUCUUCUGUGAGGAUGAGGUGUGGGAGGCGGUGCUGCGUUGGUUGGAGUACGACCGUCCCGGCCGACUGGAGCACGUGCCCGCCGUCCUGCAGAUGGUCCGCGCUGCUUUUCUCAGCGAUCAGAGUUGUCUGGCAUACUCGGAAGUACUCGCCAGUGCAAUGCCGCCGUGCCAGUCUGCCAUGGCCGCCAAAGAAUUACCAAUCGAGGAAAUUGAGAACUUUAGACCACGCCCUUCGUACGGUGCACAGGAAGUGGUCCUUUGCGUGGGCGGGGGCGGUGGCACUACGGUGGAAGUCUUCAGCCCAUCCAUUCCGGCCGUGUGGUGCUUCAGCGACCUGCCAAUUUCCGCCCAAAGCUGCCGCGCAGUGCAGCUGGACGCCUGUACCGUUAUGGUUGCCCACUUUAAUGGCUGCAACACCCUCAGGCGGGACUGUCGCUACAUGGGCCCACUUGGCGAGUGGUGCAAGGUGGCCCCAGUGCUGACACGGCGCCGAGAUGAAGGCCUUGCCGCUCUGAGUGGUCGCAUUUACGCGGCCGGUGGCUUUAGUCAUGGCUACGAAAGCGACCCACUGACGUCCGUGGAAGCCUACAAUCCGGAAAGCAAUGCUUGAGCGCAGUCGCGCCGCUCCCUGUUGGUCUGGCCGGCUUGGCGAUGGUGGCAUGUGAUGGUCGAUUGUUUGUGUUUGGCGGCAAGAGUGCGGAGGGCCUUGGCAGUUAUGCUUUCUCCUACGAUCCCGCAGCCGAUACGUGGACCAGACUGCACGACAUGCCGACCACACGCUUCUAUAAUUGCGCUGCUUGCGUGGCUCCCAACGGGUUGAUCUUUGUUCUGGGCGGAGGAUAUGAUCAUUAUGGUACUAAACGGCACGCGCGCGUGGAUGCGUACGACCGCGCCACCGAUCAGUGGGUGAGAAAAGCUGAUCUGUCCGUUUGUCGCCUUUCUCCUGGUUUUGCAUGUCUCAAUGGAAAUUUGUACGUUAUUGGUGGAGACCUACAACGCAAGAAAAAUUGUGGCAGCAUCGAGGUUUAUAAUGAAGAAACCGACAGCUAGGCCCUGCACGAGUGCCGACUACCAAAUGCUAAUUAUAGACCGUUUGGCUGUGUCGUAAUGAAGUUGAAACGCGGGUGAAUGAGCAAGUGUCAGAUAACACC